GUUAACUGAGUCGUGAGAGAUGCUGCUGUAGUGGCUCGCUAAAUCCCCAGGAGUGCAGUCAAGAAAUAGACAGCUGUCUCUUUAAGUGUCAUUUCCUUCUAUUGUAUUUGAAUCGUGAUCAGGAAAGAGGAUGUGAAACCGAGACUCUGCGGGGACCCCUGAAGCUGGCUCGACAAUAAUAGCCACAAUAGUAGCAACUACAAUCAUAAUGGUGGCGGCGGAGGAGCUGAGGAGAAUCGAAGCUGCCUCCGCGGCGCAAGAACUCCUCUCCGGACCGUGCCCUGAGCCGCACAGGCGGAAAACAUAAACCCAGCAAAGGGGAGACGGUGGGAUAAGCCCAGCAAGGACAGCUGAGAGGCGAUAGUCAGCAGCAGCAGCCGCCUGUGCCCAGUUGUCAGACAACGAACAGGAGGGAGCAAUGCAAGGAUGGGAGAUCCUAAGGGUUAGCCUGCCUUAACAGAGACGCAGCAGCAGCAGCAGCAUCCACAACACAGCUGCUCACCUUCUCUCUCUCCCUCUCCCCCUCCUUUGCUUUCACAGAAGGAAAUCCUGUGAAUGUAAUUGGAGGGGGGGAGCAGAGGUGUCACUCUGCUGCCUCUGGUGAAAAGGCAUUCGGGAGCAAGCAGCCUUUGUGGGGGCAGCGGGGGCAGAUCUCAACACAGACAAACCCAUCACUGCGCUGCAAAGGACGAGACCUGCUGCCAAUGUCCUCAGCCAUCGAAAGAAAAAGCCUCGAGUCCUCCGAGGAGCCUGUGGACGAGGUGCUCCAAAUACCCCCUUCCCUGUUGACAUGCGGAGGUUGCCAACAGAACAUUGGGGACCGUUACUUCCUCAAGGCCAUUGAUCAGUACUGGCAUGAAGACUGCCUCAGCUGUGACUUGUGUGGCUGCAGACUUGGAGAGGUGGGAAGACGGCUGUAUUAUAAACUGGGCAGAAAACUCUGUCGAAGAGACUAUCUCAGGCUUUUUGGCCAAGAUGGCCUCUGUGCCUCCUGUGACAAGCGAAUCCGGGCGUAUGAGAUGACCAUGCGAGUGAAGGACAAAGUGUAUCACCUGGAAUGCUUCAAAUGUGCUGCUUGCCAGAAACACUUUUGUGUUGGUGACAGAUACCUUCUCAUCAACUCAGACAUAGUGUGUGAGCAGGACAUUUAUGAGUGGACUAAGAUCAAUGGGAUGAUAUAACCUAUUUGUGCCUCACAGUUUCCAAAAUUCGUCUCGCAGGUGACAUAAAUACCUAGCAAUGGGGAGGAGAUUAUCACUGACUACAUCAACAUACCUGUCUAAAGUAAAGGAAAUGUUGCCAAAUUGACAGGCGCUGCAGCAUGUGCAAAUGGUGACUGAGUAUGGAAGCAGUAGCAGAUAUAUAGAUUUCUGUUAGGAAAUGGUAUGUUUGGGUGAUAAACUGACAUUCUUAAAGGUGAUGAUGAAGCUGGGGAAUUACUAUAAAGAUAACCAUGGAUUCUCUUGACUGGAGAAUUCAGCAGUGACAUGUACAAAAAAAAGAUAUUCUGGUUCUGACACUUGCAAACUAGGUUUGUGCAACUGAUGUUUCUUUACUACAUUUUUAUUUACUCUACAUAGACCAUAAUCCCAAAGUUAGUGCAAGACAAAACAAUGGGAGACAGGGUUGGUGGGAAGACUCCAGUUAUUCAGUGUAAUCUGAUUCUCCAAAGCCUUAUGUUUUGGACAUGGAAAAAGAGCCUUUUCUUUUGCAGGAAAAUUACCUUGCAAAGAAUUAAAAUUGUAACUUUCAACAGUGGCUCUGCAGCAGUUUAUCUGCACUUAGUUACAUUUGUCCUCUAGAAAUCAAAUAAAUUUACAAGCAUAUAGCAUGGUGCAGGACUGCAGCCUUAAAUAUGACACAAUUAUUUCAAGAAAUUUGGAUGAAUAGCUACCUUUUGGUGCCAUUGAUUGAAGGUGAGAAAUUUCAUCACUCAUUUCUAUACAAAUAUAAAUUUAAAGAAUUAUUCAGCUAUUUUAUUAACUUAGACAAUGACUGUAAAUAAUUUGUUGUAUGUAGUAUGAUCCUGAAGAUUUAAUAAAAAUUACUGAUUUGAG